AUGGCAGAAAGAAAAGAGAAGAAAGCGAGCGUGUAUCGCAGCGUCUCUUUCAAAAAGUUGGCCCCAAGUAGUGAGGAACAGCGACACAAACCAGAGGGUUCGGAGGUUGUCGGUGUCGCCCUCCCCCCGGAGCCCAGCCGAGCAGAACAAUCCUGGGCGACGCGUAAUGUCAGUGUGUCAAGAAAAGUUUCCAAAAUCUCAGCCACCGCAACCGCAGAGCCAAAGAGAGGCUCCUCGACUCUUCCCUCCUCCAUUUCUCCAUCCAUCCGCCAGCUCACGGAGAGGUUCGGCAGCAGGAGGAGCGGCGGAUCCACCAUUACGCACCGAGCCUCACCGGGAGAUGGUGCGGCGCUGACGCGGGAGAGCGGCGCUCUGCUCCGGGCCCGAGGCGACAACAGAGACGGAUCUCCGUGUCGUAAAUCUCCCCACGAAGACAGCGGUGAGGGGUGUUUCCUGGAGAGCGAAUCUCUGUCGGACAGUAAAGCGCUGAAGUUUCACUCUGGCACCGAUUCUGUGUCUGGCUCCGACUCGGAGAGAAAAUGCGAUAAGUUGAUUUUUACGCGUUUAUCAGCAGCGAGCUGCCAGUCUGGUAAGAAAGAAUAUUCUAAGAUACAUUCCGCUGAACUUAGAAAGAGUUUAACGACAGAUGAAGAUGAGGAUGUUGGAAGUAAAGAGACUAUCCCACCUUGUAAAUCUAACAGAAAUUAUCACCACAUCCCCACACAUUCGGAAAGAUGGCCCAGUGUUACCAAAAUCAGACAACGUUUCGACGAGAAAGCUCUGCAGCCAUCCAAGACUAACACCUGUGAAGUUUUAAAAACAGCUGGCAGAACUUAUUUACUUGACCCAAGCUUGAGUGAAAGUGACCAACAGCCAGUUUGCAUUUCUGCUUUCGACAAAUGCAUACCUGGAUCACAAAGUGGGGACACUGCUAAAGAAACUUCUUGUGACUGUGCAGAUUUUUAUUCCAAAACUGAACAUAAUCAGCAUUCUAAUGAAGAGGAAGGAGAAAUAGAAAAAGCUGAGGUAUCUUCUAGAAGUCGUUUUUACACCUGGUCUAAUCAUCCAAGGAUUAAUUUAUCAACAUGCAGAUUUCAUAGUGCCAAUGCUCAGUCAGAUGCUACCUGCAAGUUCCCCAGAUUGACACCUGACUCUAAACCUGACCUUCAACCUUGUGCUGCUCCUUAUUCAAGACCAUCAGAAGGUUUAGACACCUCCUCCUGCUCCUCCUCUCUACAGCAGCCGACAGAGAGGGAGAGAAGGGAUAGACAGGGGGUCGGGCUGCCCAGGGAUAGUUUACAUUCCUCACAUAGCUCCUCUAGAGCACCAGCCCCCACCACCUCCUCCAUCUCCUCUACUCCAGCUCUAGAUAAAUCUAUUACCUCCUGUUCUUCUGCUGUAGCUCCCCCCUCUGAGCCAGGAGCCUCUACAAAGGUUAGUUCUCCACUCAGCUUUUAUUGGAGGUUAAGCUCUGGAGACGAAGAAGAGGUGCUCAUCAGAAGAAGAAGAGGAGUGGCUUGGGGUUAUCCCUCCUGUCCUGCUUCCUCUGUCACUUGCUGGGGAGGGGAGAAGAGCAACACUGAGCAAGGGGGCAGCUAUUUAUCCCGCAAUAAAAAUGCCUGCUUGGGUGCAAAGAUCUUUGGUAGGUCAUCAGGCAGCGAGGAGGACAUCCCUUCUUCAUUAGGCCCCCACUGUCGUGAGCAAGUGCGCCGUCGCUCUCUGAGAAAGAAGAAGAAGGUCACUGGGGCUGCUCAAGCAACAGGUCGCGAUGAUUACAAUGAUCAGUAUGGUGAAUCAGAAGACAGUGAUAGUGACCCAGCCCUGACCAUGGAUCACACACAGAGAGAGCACCACAACACUGGAGAAGUUAUCCUGACAUUACGUCGGAGCCAAUCAACCAGAGAAGCUGGCACUCGUAGCAACAGAGCCAGGGUGCAGCACUGGGAGCGCAUCUCCUCACCUGCAAUGUCCAGCACACUUCCUGUUGUAUCCCGAGUGUCAAAGGUGAAGAUACCCCCUUUUGUUUCCAGUCCUGGUGAUUCAUGCCUUGGUAGCAGAUAUUCCAGCACUGAGACACUUAAAGAUGAGGACCAGAGAACUGAUGGCAGCUGUGGAGCCAAUAUGCUCUUUAACAGGGGGGGAACAGAAGGGAAUACGAGCAGAUCUGUUCCCUCCUCUGUAUUCAAUAAAACUUAUCAUGGGAAUUUUACUAUGUACCGGUCCCCUAGCUUUGGACAUGGAGAUAACUUCUCCCGUGCCCCUGCCCGGGUGCGUCCAAAGAUUUUGCCCACAGUAACUUGCAUACAAGGUUUAACACCCAAAGAAUGUGGGGGAGUAAGGGGUCCUGAAACGGCUGUUUUUACAAAAACAACAGGGAGGGAAUCUGCAAAGAAGGAUGGCAAGAUUUCUAUGUCCAACCCAGAUAUCACAUCAGAAACUAUGACUCUCUUAAACUCACUAAAGAACGACGUUCCAAAACUGAAAAUGCGAAGACCAAGUGGAGGGGACCGAAGUGGGGCUGGGGAUAAGUCGUCAGAGUACUGUAGGGACUCGGACGCUCGAGGUGGGACAAAUUUACCUUUGGGUCACCGCCCCUCACUAAAAGACCUAACAGCCACUCUGAGGCGCACAAAAUCCUUCACUUAUUCAGACAAACCUUCAACAGGUGCAAGGACUUACUUUACAAAUAGACCAACAAAGAGGAGUUCUUCUGAGCAGCAACUUGACUUGGAUGAUGAGAGAACUGAGGGAAAGGUGGUGGUGUCAGACAGAGAAGUAGAAAGUAAUGGUGGGGAUUUUAGGUAUGGGCAAAAUCCGAGGAUUUAUCGAUUGGAGGACGAGGAUGGGGAAGUGAUGCCAACUCCACUAGAGGAGAGGUGUGUACAGGAAGCUAGGCAGGUCAUUCAAGAUAUCUGCCAGAUGUGCACUAGGGAUGAGGAUGAUGUAGCUUUAAUGUCAUCUGAUACUAUUUUGGGGGAUGAAGAUUUACAGGUCAAGCAAACAGAUGACGGCAAGGAAGGAGCAGGACGCGUUAAAGAUGAGAGGAGAGCAGCUCAAGAGUCUGAGAACACAAAAGACAAAGAUAAACAUGAGCAGGAGAGAGAGAGCAGGGAGAGGAGUGAAUCAAGUAUGCAGCUGGAGAAGCUAAACAGUAGGGGUACAGACGCAUGGGAGAAGUCGAAUAGACAAAGCAGAGAGCUGGAGAGAGCAUUACUGAAGGGCGACUCAGAGGAAAGCAUGCUCUAUGACCGCUCCAUGGAUGAACUUUCAGGCCAUGAGUCCAGCUUAACGGAUGAGGGGAUUGUGACAGAGCCAGAGACGGGUCCCGGUGACCUCUCAGAGAGGCCCUUCCUGAGAGCAGCUGGAGAUAAUUUAGGUUCAAGAAUAGCAAAAACUUUUCUGGGGCAGCCCGUGAUUGGAUGGAAGCAGUCAACUGAAGUAGAAGACUUCAAGCAAGACGAAAAGUCAAUGCCAGGGAGCAGCUUGAACUGUACAAACCGUCUGAAUGAAACGCUUUUUCCUCACUCUGUGACUCAUUCUGUCUGUACGGCUCAGAUUGACAAUCAUAGUAUGGAUAUGAAAGGUACUACUUGUAUAAACAAACCCAACUUUGAGGGAAUCCACGCUAACAGUACUCUGUCAAUGGGAGCCAUGCCAGCUGCAGCAUCCGAGGGAGGAAGUAGAGGAUUUGAAGCUCCUGCAACCCCAAGUGCACUCCGUCGAAGGCGCAAGUUCUCCCCCUCUGCUAACAACAACACAGGGUCCGAUUCUAGUAACGGCUCUCAUGCAGAGCCAACAAUAGCAGCUGUAGGAAAUAGCGAGUCCACUGUCUACCGUUCUCUUAGUGACCCCAUGCCUCAGCGGUGCUGUUCUGUAGCGGCAGAAGGAAGCAACAACUUUUCAUCAGUUGACAGCAACCUUUUGAGUUCCCUGUCUGUCAAAGGUGGAGGAGUUCCUCCUGAGGCCUCUGUUGCAUCUGCACUAUCCGAAUAUGAAGGCAGUGUGGCCAGUGACUUGUCUGUUUACAGCGAAAGUGGUUUACGAGAUGAUGGCAUUCAGGAUUACAGUAGGGUAAUCAGAAAUAUUGUAGCUGAGCCCGGUGCAAUGGACAGGUUGAUCAUAGAUGAUCAUGGCAAUGGCAAGGCCCCCAAGAAGAAGUCCUUUAGUGACCCCAGUCGUCGUAGUGAGGCUCCUACAGUCUCCCAAAUUGAUCCUCAAACUGGCAGCACGCACCAAGUCAGUGAGUUGGAUCAAUCUGGACAGAUUCCACCUUCUAGCAGUGAACCAAUCCUCAGUGAGCAAAGAGAGGAACUGUGGCAGUCAGAGGCUAAGACCACACAAAUGCUACAGGCUGAGAUGGCUGCCUCCCAGCCAGAAAGUAUGGCUCUAUCUGAUAACCCUGAGGAUGAAGAUGAUUUGAUAGACAACGAUUCAAAGGAAGAGAAGUUUAACUUGGAUCUCAAGCUCGCUGAGGUUCUGUCUCCCAGAGUAAUACGUCGGCCACCUAAAAAGAGACCUAAUAGAUUACAGUCUCUGCCUGAUAAUGCCCAAUUUCAGCCCAUUGAAGUAGGAUUAGAGGACACAGAGGACAUUAACCACAGUCGGCUCAUCUCAUCUCCUCCAGCAUCGCCACUGAAAUCCAAAAUGAAACCUAAGCACAUUCGCCACAUCAGUGAGCCUGCCACCUUUGUCCCCAUCUCUCCACCUGCACAUCUUCAGCCACUGAAAGAAGUUGAAUUCCAAGCAGUACCUCCAGGAGAAGAAGCCCCAUCUCAAGAGGGUUUAGCACAGAAGUAUAGUCUUGAGGACACUGAGGGCAGGCCUGUUGCUACAGCAAGCAAUGGAGCUCAGAGUUUAGUUUCUAAUGCAGAGGGCUCAGACAGGACAAACAGUUUUGGACCUAAUGACACUGGAUCUCAGAAGGCCAGCACGGAGGAUACAUUAUCAGCAGCUGCUCCACAGAAGACCAAACCCAAAGUGGACAUGAGGAGACAUGUAAUGAUGACCCUCCUGGACACCGAGCAGUCAUACGUGGAAUCUCUACGCACUCUUAUUCAGGGCUACAUGCGUCCUCUAAAACAACCGGACGGUAACUCCAUCGUGGAUCCUUUGCUGGUGGACGAGAUGUUUUAUCAGAUCCCAGAGAUCCUGGAACACCACGAACAGUUCUUGGAGCAGGUUGCAGGCUGCGUCAGCCAGUGGCACGACAGGCAGACUGUUGGACACCUCCUCAUUCAUUCAUUCUCCAAAGAUGCUCUGGCUGACAUGUAUUCGGCAUACAUUGACAACUUUCUUAACGCUAAAGACGCCGUGAGGAUCGCCAAGGAGGCGAAGCCAGCGUUUCACAAGUUUCUGGAGCAAAACAUGCGUGAGAACAAGGAGAAGCAAGCUCUGGGGGACCUAAUGAUUAAGCCGGUGCAGAGGAUUCCUCGAUACGAGCUGCUGGUUAAGGACUUGUUGAAACACACGCCGGAGGAUCAUCCGGAUCAUCCCUUGUUGCUGGACGCUCAGAGGGACAUCAAGCGACUGGCGGAAAAAAUCAACAAGGGACGUCGGUCCGCCGAGGAAGCAGAGAGGGAGGCCAGGGUUAUCCAGGAGAUCGAGGCGCACAUAGAGGGAGUGGAACAUAUUUUCAAUCCACAGAGGAAGUUCUUGAGACAGGAAAUAGUCAUGGAGGCGAAAACCGUAGGGGGGAAGAAAGACAGAUCCCUGUUCCUCUUCAGCGAUCUGAUCAUCUGCACCACUCUCAAGAGGAAGUCCGGCUCAUUAAGGCGCAGCUCCAUGAGCCUAUAUUCGGCUGCAAGUGUGAUUGAUACGUCCAGUAAAUACAAAUUCUUGUGGAAACUUCCUCUCGAGGACGUGGAGGUGGUGAAAAGUUCUUCUCAGGCGACCAACAGAGAGAGCAUCCAGAAGAUGAUCAGCCGAUUAGAUGAGGAUCUCAGCACUCUGGGUCAGAUCAGCAAACUAUCAGAGACCCUCAGCUUCCCUCAUCAGUCCCUAGAUGAGGCCAUUAAAGAUCUGAUGGCAUCUGUGCACAAAGAGCUCUCAGAGAAACAGUCUUUGGCCUUCAGCAUGACUUUCCUGCCAACAAAACUGGAGUUCACCACAGUCUCCGCUGAGAGCACCUUCGUUUUUGAGUUCAGCUCUCCUGACGCUCGCUCAAGCUUCGAACAGGCCUUUGAAGAUGCCAAGAAGAAGCUGGCUAUGAACAAGGACCAGUGGGAUCCAGAAUUCCUAAAGGCUAUCCCUAUUAUGAAGACCCGCAGUGGGAUGCAGUUUUCUUGUGCUUCGCCGAGCCACAGCUGUCCUGACAGUGGCUGUGAAGUUUGGGUGUGUAACAGCGACGGAUACGUGGGUCAGGUUUGCUUGUUGAAUAUAAAAGAUGAGCCCACAGUGGAGGCCUGCAUCGCUGUCUGCUCAGCCAGGAUCAUCUGUAUCGCUGCGGUUCCAGGACUGAAGGGAAGGGAUCGUGUGUCGGAACCUGCUCCAACCUCCGGACCUCCCAGUCACCCCCAACAGCAGCUCAACAUCUCGAUCUCACCUUCUACUCUGGAGCUGACAGAGCAGCCUACAGGACCAGGGGCCGAGCUUGUUCCCUUUGACAGCGAUGACUCAGACGAUGAGGAUUCACCUAGUCCUUCUUCAACUUUGCAGAGUCAGGCCAGUCACUCCACCAUAUCCUCCAGCUAUGGCAAUGAUGAGGGUCUGAGCUCCAAAGACAUGGCCACAGAGACCACCAGCAGCGAGGAGGAGCAGGAGUUUCCUGUCCCAAGCUCCUUUGGUGCUCCAGGGAUGCUGGGAGUAGGAGGAGGGAGUCGUGCCCACACAGAGAGCCCUAUGGACGGCCGGGCUAUGCGGCGAUCCUCACGGGGGUCCUUCACCAGAGCGAGUCUGGAGGAUCUGCUGAGUAUCGACCCGGAGGCCUAUCAGAGCUCCGUGUGGCUUGGCACAGAAGAUGGAUGCAUCCAUGUAUACCAAUCCUCAGACAAUAUCCGAAACCGUAAAAACAGCAUGAAGAUGCAGCAUUCUGCCUCCAUCCUCUGUAUACUGUAUUUAGACAACAAAGUGUUUGUAUCAUUAGCAAACGGUGAGGUGAUCGUCUAUCAAAGAGAGGCAGGUAGUUUCUGGGAUCCUCAGUCUUCCCAGACCUUAGUUCUUGGUACACCCAGUAGUCCAGUUACCAAAAUGGUUCCAGUUGGAGGGAAACUCUGGUGUGGCUCCCAGAACAGAGUUCUUAUUAUCAACACUACUACACUGGUACAGGAGCACUGGUUCCAGGUCGGCACUGACAGCAAUCGCUGCGUUACAUGCAUGGUGGUUUAUGGUCAAGGUGUGUGGCUGGCGCUGCAGGGCAGUGCACAGGUCAGGCUGUACCAUGCUCAGACCUGGGAGAGCCUGACGGAGAUUGACGUGGCUCCAGCCGUGCACAAAAUGCUUGCAGGUGCAGAUGCAAUCAUCAGACAGCACAAAGCUGCCUGCCUCAGGAUCACUGCCUUAUUGGCCUGUAAGGAUCUGCUAUGGAUUGGCACCAGUGCAGGGGUGGUACUCACGCUGCCGAUCCCAAUGGUAAGCUUAGGAACUGUUGCUGGUACUCUGAGGUCACCUCUGGCUCCAAUGGGAUCGGCUCACGGACACACGGGGCACGUUCGCUUCCUGACUUCUAUCGAACUACCAGAAGGGUUCAACAUGAACUUCCCUUCAACAACUACAGACACUGCAGGCAAUAACUCUCAGAGGAGCAGCAUAGACGAUGGGAGCCUCCAGAGACGCGACUCCACACACCGCAGAGCCUCGACCCACAUCCCUGCGAAGACAAAUCAUCUGGUCAUUUCUGGCGGAGAUGGCUAUGAGGACUUCAGACUGACCAGCAGUAGUGAAACCGUUGGCAGAGACGACAGCACCAACCACCUGUUGCUUUGGAGAGUCUGAGACAAUCGAACUCAAGAGUCUGACACAUCUCCUCCCUGCACUUCUUGGUGUUUCGUUCUGUAGACGUUCCGCUUGGUCUACGUCUCUGUGCGUUACAUGGCUGUAAGCUCCAAACCUGGAUUUAUGAAUGAAUUUCACCACAUCAAACCCACAAUUUUUGUUGUGUCCUCGAUGGUGUGCAUGGCUUUGCCUGUUUGUUGUUUUUUUAUCCGAUUGGUUUCAAGUUUUUUUGAAGCACAGAAAAAGACUAGAAGUUCUAAUUUAAAGUUGUAUAGACUGACUUGUUUUCAAACUGAGGACCAAUAAAAAAACUCACGCAAGCAGACCUGGAGUCUUCAGGAUGUCAGUGCACACAAUAAAAGAGGAUUUCAGUAAUGUGAUGUGACUAAUAAGGCAUUGCAUGUUCUUUGAAUUCUGUUUAUUGGAGCUUGAAAUACUUGGAUUCACAUUUUUUUUUCUUUUUAAUUUAAGUCAAGAAGCCUUCAGAUGAAGAUCAGAGAUAAUAAUGUACAUGAAAUGUAACAUAACUCAAAACAGUAGUUUGAAAUUCCUUGCUAUGUAUAAAUAUAUAUUUUAUUUUAGUAUUAUUUUUUCAGCAGAAAUUCUAGCCUUAAGGUGAGACGUAAGGUCAGAUUUUUUCUGAUUCUAUUGAGGUGGUGAUGAUCUCUGUUGCACAGUGGCUGGUCAUAGUCGUGAAACUGCCAAUGUCAUCUUCGCUCCAGCAGAGGGCGCAUAAGUAAGAGGAACUUUAUUUUCUGUUGUUUUUUUUUUUGUUUUUUUAACAGUAUGACAUUGCACAUUUAUAAUGCACAGCCUUAUUAAACAACACAAAGAACAUAUAAUAUGAUAGUUGCAGAUAAUUAUGUUUGGUUUGCUCAUUCAUUUUCAGUUUUGCCGACAGUUUUAAUUGUGUCCACCUAGGAAGGGAGAAAAGUGCAUUCUUCCUUAACACAGUCAUACCAAAGCCUUGUCUGCUUUAACAAUAUUUUAUGGCCAUGAGAAAAUCAGUCAGCUGAAGUUCUGUCACGUCUGAACGGAGUCUCUUCAUAGAUGACGCAAAGCUGCAGUAUGCAGGAAGACAAUAGUGUACAGUAUUUAUGCUUUUAAUAUUAGCGCCUUCUUUUACAGCACUUAAUUUAUAGAAAAUGUAGCUUUCACUUUUUUCUGUAUGAAAUAAUGAACACAAAAGCCGAAACUUGGCUAUGAGAGUAUAUAAGGUCCAGUUUAGCUAAGGCCGUUCCUCCAUUGUUCAAAACAACACACAACAGAGAGUUCCUGUUGAUUUGACUAGAUUAAAAAUGAUUUUGUUACAGUCCUAAAACUUUGCCUUGAACAGUAUCAGUAAGCAGCCUUUUUGGAUUGCCCAAGCACAGUCACUCUGAGGCCUAUAUGUGUGCCAAAUGGGCUUCAUAGUUGCUCCAUUUCAUGUAUUUGACCCGGUAUUCACACCUGGUAUUCACAACCAUGAUAGUUUGCCAGUAGGAUGAAUGAUUAGUGCCUUCACGUGCCUUCAGAAGGCUAAAGGUUAAACCAUUUUACACACACACAUAAGUAAAAGUCAGCUGUCCUUUAUUUCUUGCCCUUACAGACACACUUAGGAGUUAGCCGCAGGCUUUGGAGGUUAAGCAGUGAUUGUCUUAGAUCUCUCAAAGCCUAGAAAACCUCAUUGCACUUUAUCAGCCAUCUGGGCUCCACACCUCAGCAUUCCCGCUUCCCAAUACACCUGAGUUCUUUCUCCCUGUGAAAUAACUGAGAGGAUCAGCAAGCUGCUGUUAUAGCCUCUACCUAACGUGUUAUCAUAGGUGUGCAUUCUUUUCCGUAAGUGCAUUUGUUGUUUAGCGAAAACAAAAAAAACGUAGAGGCCUUUUUUUUUUGGCUUUCUGACCUCUUUGUUGGUUCAUGUAUUGUGUUGAGCAAAGCUAUUCUGAUCACCCCAAUGAUUGUAGCUCCAGUAUUACUGAAAGCUUUUCUCCUUCCCUGUGCAGACAUUCCUUUUCUAGAACAAUCCAUAAAGCAUCUCUAUUUGUCAUUUAGUUUAAAAAAAAAAAAGCUGUUUUUUUUUUAUUUUUAUGAAUUGCAUGAAUCAGUCUUAAAUGUUUUGUGCUUUUUCUGUGUAAAUGCAGCCAGUUGGAAAAAAAAAAAAGCUGUACAUUUAUGCUGGCUGUAGGACGUACACAUACUUUUCUUUUAGUUGAAUCUCGCCAAAAAAAAAACCUCAUAGGUGUUUUUUUGUUCUCCUGUUCUCUGAUAAGAACUGUAGUUUUGGCAGAUUUUGCAUU